AUGUAUUCAAUCUCAGAGAUUCGGUCUCAGUUUGAGAACUGUCUAGCGGAGGGCUGCCCCCUUCUGGUGACCGACUGCGACACCAAACAGCUGGCCAAGGACAAGCGGUUCCGUGACGCCAUCCAGAGCUGUAAACAGUUUAUCAACGGCAAACUCAAGUUCAAGAUCACUGUGGAAGAUCAUAAAGUGGAGUGUAAUCCACGUUUCCGCCUGUUCCUGCACAUAACGGUGGAGCCACACAUUGUACCACCACAUCUCGCGGCGUACACCUCGGUCAUUUUCUUCCAGCGAUCCCGCGCGGACAUCGAGGAAACUCUGCUGGACAGAUUCAUCUUCCAGGAAAAAUCCAAACUGGAGGAAGAAAGGGUGUCCAUGUUUCAGAGACAGGGAGGGAGAAAGAAAUAUCCUUUUAAAUUUUAUUGGUUGUGA